CCUACUGUAAACUGUAUAAAUAAAUUUCACGUGAUCAUAUAAAACCGCGCCACAAUUAGGGUUGUUAUGAUGAUGACAAAUGACGUCAAUCAUUUGGUAUUUGUUAUUAAAAAUUUCCAUUAACUUAAUCUAGACACGAUGGACGUGAAGCUAAAACAUUUUCGUAUUUUUCCCACACUGAAUAAUAAAAAUGGGCAAACCACCACUAGUGGACUACUAGUGGUUCAGACUUUUGAAGGAAAAGAUAAAAAAAGAUGAAAAGGGAACGUGAAAAAGAUGAACAGGAAAGGAGGAGGGAAGCAAAAUGGAAAAAUAAGGAUGAAAGGAAGGAAUGAAGAAGAUGAAAAAGAAAGAGAAAAGAAGACAAAAGGAAGAAAUACAGUAUGCAUCGCUCAAGAUGCUCGAUUUUAUCAUCGCCAAAUUGCUCGUCAAACCUCAGCGGAAGGCAUAAAAGCCAAUGAACACGUUAAAAAAGUGCAUUCUAACCGGCUUGGGAAGAAUAAAGUCCCUGACACUGCACCUUACACAACAACGACCGAACACGUAUAUUAUAAGGAAGACUCUAAAUUGACCUUUGAUAUCACGACGUUUCGACGUCAGUUUCAUUCCGCAAUAAAUUAUGGAUAUAAUCGUGCUUUGCAACUUUAUCAAUUUGCGCAAAACCAUCGACCAAUAAUCGUCGAAGAUCUUACACACCGAGUAAAUAUACUAAAUGGCAGAUACAUUAUACCUGCAAAAUCUCGUCUCUUACUAAACAAACCCGACGUCUAUUUACGAAGAACUCCACCACCUGAUAAUGGAUCGCAUACACCUAUUCACGAUUCAUCACACGUUCCGUACCGGAUACCCCACGAGAGAUCAGGGAUGUUUACUUCACCUCCGCCGACUCCAGUGCGUCGAUAG